UUUAUGUAUUUUUGUUCGCAGUUAAGAAAGAUAUUUUGCAUGGAAUCAAUGGCAACUUUCGAUCAGGUGAACUUACGGCAAUCAUGGGACCAUCGGGUGGUGGUAAAAGUACACUUCUCAAUGUUCUUGCUGGAUAUUCAGUAACGGGUAGUGGUGGUUCAGUGUACUUAAAUAAUAUAUCAAGAGAUCAUAAAUGUAUGUCAAAAAUUAGUUGUUACAUACAGCAAGAUGACUAUGUUCGUGAUUUAUUGACUGUCAGAGAAUCAAUGAUUGUGGCUUCACACCUCAAACUACCGCCAGAAAGAUCAACACUGUCCAAAAUCAGACAAGUUGAGGACUUGCUUGAUGCGUUGGGUCUAUCAGUUCAUGGAGACACUAUCACAAAAAGGCUUUCUGGUGGCCAGAAAAAAAGACUCUCUAUCGCAUUGGAACUUAUUACCAAUCCGUCGAUUAUAUUUCUUGAUGAACCUACAACUGGUUUAGACAGUCUAUCAUGCAGUCAAUUUGUUUCUUUGAUGGUUGAUUUAGCACACAACCAAGGACGUACUAUGAUAUGCACAUUACAUCAGCCCAGUGCUUUAUUAUUUGAAAAAUUUGAUCAAGUUUAUACGCUAUCUGCAGGUCGAUGUAUUUUUCAAGGUCCUCCAAGCUUUGUAAUACCAUACUUUGCAGAGCGAGCUAUUAUAUGUCCACCAUAUCACAAUCCAGCCGACUUUUUAAUCGAAAUAGCCAUUGGCGAUUAUGGACCGGACGUGUUGGUGAAAUUAGCUGAGUCAUUGACUAAGGAUAAUUAUUACAAAAAAAAUAUCAUUUGUAUUUCUGGUGAACAAGAAACGAUACGAGAAAAUGGAAUGUGCUUAAAGAAACUUGAUUCCGCUAAUGGUAAAAAUCAAGCCCCAUUCACACUAAGUAAAUCGUCAACUCCUCCGCCAUUGUAUCUACAAGCUUAUCAUUUAUAUGUACGAAAUAUAAUUGCCUUCAAGCGGAACAAAAAUCAACUUGCAUUAAGACUCUCAGCUCAUUUAGUAAUAGCUCUUAUUUUUGGGUACUUGUAUCGAAAUGUUGGCAAUGAUGGCUCGCAAGUGCUUGGUAACAUGGUUUUUGUUUAUGGAACUAAUUUAUUCUUAGUUUACACUGGACAAAUGGCUGUUGUAGUAUCUUUUCCACUGGAGUAUAAAAUUUUAAAGCGAGAACAUUUUAAUAGGUGGUAUUCAUUAUUUCCUUAUCUAGUAUCAACAUUAAUGGUUGAAAUACCAUUCCAGAUAUUGUGCUGUCUUACAUAUAUUUUGCCUUCAUAUGUCUUGACUGGUCAGCCAUUAGAAUUUAUGAGAUUCAGUUACUUUACUAUAAUUGCAGUGGUUACAUCAAUUACAGCUCAAAGUACAGGAUUUUUAUGUGGUGCUACAUUACCAGUAAAGAUGGCAGUAUUUGUUGGUCCAGUUUCUAUUGUGACCUUGUCUGUUUUCGGAUUUGCUAUUCAAUUGAAAGACGUACCACUACAAUAUAUUUGGGUGUAUCAUUUCAGUUUUAUGAGGGCAUCAUUUACAAGCCUUAUGAAUACACUCUAUGGAUUUUCUAGAGAAAUAAUGCCUUGUUCUGAUGAAAUAUAUUGUCAUUUUAAGUACCCUGACAAGUUUCUCAAAGAGAUGGGCAUAAUGCUUCCAGAUAUUUAUCCUGAAUUUUAUUAUCUAUGUUUUAUACUAUUUUGUACAACAAUUCUUACUUCUACUUGUGUAUGGUAUAGGUUAAACAAACGAUAAUAUCAAUAUAGUUUAAUUUUUUUUAUAUUUUAAGUAACAAUUUUGGUAAAAAGUUGAUUAGGUUUUAAAAAAAAACUUAAAUUUAAUGAAUAUAAAUUUUAUAUGAUAAUAUUAAGUAAAUGUAAAAUCCUUAAUAUAUUCAUUUUUUAUGAAUUGCGUAUCUAUCAAAGGACUGGAAUAUAUCCUUAAAUAAAUUUUUUUUUUGUGAUACGCAAGUUUAAUGGUAUGACUGUGAUAAUAUGUAGAUGGUUAAAAUUAGAUGCGUUGAACACUAUAUAUUGUUAACACCAUCUCAUUAUUAAGUUCCUAGAAAAUAGUUAUUAUCACCAAUCUUAUUUAGGAACAUAACUUGAAAAUUAUGUUUUCAGCUAAAUUUAUUUGCUUAAUUGUUACCAGCAUUUGUAUUUAUGCAUAUGUUUUUAUAAAUGAUAUUGUUAGCUUAAAUUUUUUUUUUAUCAUUUCUUAAAAAAUGUUUAAUUUUUGUAUAGUAAAUUAUAUUGUUAAUGAUGUAAAAAAUAUAAUUUUGAAUUAAAUAUAUAUAUAUUUUUUUAUUUCUGAA